AUGGGGAGACUCGUCUCACUGGUGUUGCGCGUGCAGUGUAGGGAAUGUAAUCUAUUCGCCCGAACGCUUCGCGUAGCAACCAAGGGAGUGGUUUGUUUCGUCCUCGGUUGUUCGUGUGACAAGGCAACAAUGUCUGAGGUGGAGGAGACUCUGAAGAGGAUUCAGACCCACAAGGGGGUGAUUGGAACCAUCGUGGUGAACGCUGAGGGCAUUCCGAUCCGCACGACGCUGGACAACUCGACGACGGUGCAGUACGCAGGCCUCAUCCACCAGCUGACGAUGAAGGCGCGCAGCACGGUGCGCGACAUCGACCCGCAGAAUGACCUCACCUUCCUGCGCGUGCGCUCCAAGAAGCACGAGAUCAUGGUGGCGCCCGACAAGGAGUACCUGCUGAUCGUCAUCCAGAACCCGAGCGAGUGACAUGGCUGUGUGAUUUCUGUGUGCACAUCACCCACCACGGGGUCGAGCUCCAGCAGAAUCCAGUCCAGCUCUUCAGUCCAGAGUUCACCUCCAAAUACUCUGUCUUGGGGUUUUACAACAACAUAUGCCUGUGUCAUCCCUAUGGUUGUGGUUAAUUCCACUUAUAUAGCGUGUAUUAAAAAAUAUUAAUUUUAUUUACAAGUUUUUCUUUUAUUUUGUUGGGCACUAAAUUUUUUGACAAAAUACAUUUAUAUAUGUUCAUUAAGAAAAUGUUUUAAAACUGCACAUGGUUCUGAUCUAGAAAUGAGUGAACAUCAAUAAAUUGAGCGUGCAGGGUCAACUGAAAAAAAAUGCAACAAAACCCUUUGUUUCAAAAUGCUAUUUGAAGGCAAUCGUUGACUGAUAUUUUUUCAUUAACUACUUGGCGUUUAUUAAAGCUGGCUUUUACAUCAGCAUUAAACCUUUAUUUGUGCCCAGAGUGAUUGGUCUGAGUUGAUCCUUAACCAACCUAAUUGUAAGCUACGUUUUCUCCCACAGCAUCACCCAACCGGCUACAGCUAAUUUAUUUCACACACUACUUUUGACUAACCACCUUCAUAUUAAUGAAAUGAUUGAUACUCUUACUACACUCCUCAUACAUAGUAUGAUUUAGUGCAUAAUGUGCCACUGUAAAUCAUCAAAACAUCUUUCGAGCUGUUCCCAGUAACCAUCUAAUGUUCAAUCAUUGGUCCCAGUUUCCCCAUUCGCUGAGUAAUAACACUCUUUGGAAUUAUAAGGGUGGUAUUCCGAAUUGUGGGGUCUAAAAGAAUCUACAGCCAGUGGCUGGCAAUGACUUUUCUGCUUCUACUGUUGGUCUGCUCCCUGAUUUUUCUUAAAACAGGUCUGACUUGGGCUGCUGUCUCUCAUCUUCGGUUACAUUGUAUUUCAGGCUUUUACCUUGCACUGUUGGCAUGUUAGAUUUGCGUUACCAAAACUCGCAGUAAUUCACUGAAUGUCCUUAUUUCUGUUUCAUUGAUGCUGUAAUAAAAAUGUCCGUCAUAACGUGA